AUGACUGCCUUCAAGCUGAAGAUCGUAUCGUUUGUGCUCCACCACCACGCCGAUUCCGGCGCUUCACAGCACAUCGAGCCAAUUAUAUCGAGUUUUCUCGGCCCAGAUUCGAGUCUCGCUCUUCACAAAGCUGUCCACUUCAACUCUCUAGAGCUACUGAAUUGGAUAUGGGAAUCCAGCUGUACCUUAAUCGAGGAAAGAUCGAGUGGGUGGAGUCUAACAAAUUAUCUCCGGUCGGAUACUCAUUACUACAAGUGGAUGUUCUCAAAGUCAUUGGAGGAAAUAGUCUCCAGUGGAGAUAUGAGGCUCAUGCAGUGGAUCUACGACCACUUUUCAGCGUGUCAAGUGCCUAACAAUGUGGUUGAAACAGCAGCUGGCAAUGGGAAUUUAGAGCUUCUACAGUUUCUGUGGAAUCAACAAGACAAAAAUAAAGUCGACUGGAGUGGAGAAGCUUUGAAAAAAGCUGUGGAAGGCGGCCAUCGCCACGUUUCACUGUGGUUGUACGAACACGCACCAUACAACUAUGACGAUACUGAGCUGUUGCGUCUGUCCCAAGGUGCACUAAGAACGGGAGAUGUCGACUUUGCACUAGUGCUAUUACCACCACACAGGAACAUUUUCCUGGAAGCUGGCACUUCGUGGCGUCCAGGAGUGAUCGAAUGGAUGCUGGAUCAUGGAUACUACACACGUGAGAUGGAAAAGGCAGCAGGUAUAGCUAUCUGGAAGCUGGCCAGUCAGGGGCGACUGGAUCUCAUACAGCGCAUUGUUGAACUGUAUCCUCCCCCUUGGAUGAAUGAAAAGCAAUGGUUGUUUAAGGACUGGUACAAUGCCAUCGCGAUGGCAUGCAGUGGAGGACAUCUGGAGGUUGUGCAGUGGCUUGUAGAGCACCCAAAUGGCCAGAAAGUGUAUCUACGACGACAGAGCGGACAGCAGGCUCUUGUAUGGGCAGCUGCAGGAAAUGGCCACGUCACGGUCAUGGAGUACAUUUACGAGCAUUGGCGAACUGGGGAUAGUUCGUCUAUCGUGAUCCCUCUUGGGUCCUCGGUGUCAGCUAUAAAAUGGCUGAUCGAUCAUUAUCCUACUUGUGUUCGACAAAGUGUAGUGUACCUUGUCAAAAACGCCGCAAAAACUGGAAAUUUGGAGCUACUGCAGCUUUUUCACGAGUUGGAUUCAUCAGCAGAGUCUGCCACCUUACAAAUACCACUAACACGACGAUCGUGGUGGCCUAAAACGGUCCAUGUCAUGAAUUUUGCCCCUGCAAAUGGCCACUUAGACAUUCUAGAAUGGCUACAAGAAAAUCGCCAGGAGGAAUGUUCAACAAGUGCCAUGGAUGAAGCUGCGGCUAAUGGGCACCUAAAAGUAGUGCAAUGGCUCGGCGCUAAUCGACCAGAAACGUGCACUUUAGAAGCCUUAAAUCGCGCGGCUUGUAAUGGACACUUGGAGGUUGUUCAAUGGCUACACUCGACACUCGGGUGCACACAAGAUACUUUCGACUUGGCUGCUACGCACGGUCAUUUGGAGGUGGUUAAGUGGCUCUACAUCAAUGGAGCUGACGGGUCGACAUCAUCAGUUUUGAAAGCUAUCGAAGGCGGGCAUAUUAAGGUUGCUGGCUGGAUUCUAACGCGGUCUCCUGAAUGCCUCCCGACGAAGAUUACCUGUUUAAAUUGUCCUAACAGCGACUUUGACGCCCUCCUCUUCCUGCAUGUGCACAAUCCAAUUCUCUUCACUCGAGCGUUCGUGAGGAUCAUCAAACGUGAAAGAGAGUCGUUGAUCGUAAAUUGGCUAGACGAGACCUAUCCGAUUUAG